AAUGGAAUAUUUUCCAACGGUCGAAGAACAAGAUAGCGGAAGUUCGCAGGUUCGAAAUAUUUCGAAUCCAAUACAGGAAGUCGAAAGUUCUUCGAAACAACUUGAUCCUAGAAUCAAAAACUUAAGAAUGAUCGCUAAAUGCACCAACUCUCCAAAUCAACUGGAAACUACUAUCCAAGGGACCAACAUGGUCAAUCUAGCAAUGUUUGAAGAGAAAUUGGAUGAACAGUCAAGGGCAUUCGAAGAAUCAAAUACUCAGAAUAAAGCAAGAAUGGACCAACUCAUUCAACUGGUCAACUCUAUCAAGUUCAAUUCCUCCAAUAAAAAUCUGUCAAAUUCCAGCGAUGCCUCAGAAAUGGAACAUUUUCCAAUGGUCAAAGAACAAGAUGGCAGAAGUUUGCAGGUUCGGAAUACUUCAAAUCCAAUACAGGAAGUCGAAAGUGCUUCGAAACAACUUAAUCCUAGAAUCGAAAAUUUAAGGAACAAAAAGGUUACCAUAUCAGAAAUGUUCAGUGGUACCAAUUUCCAAGAUUUUUGUAGGAACAAUAUUGUUCCACUGUUAGAAUCCGACAUUACCAAAUCGGAAAAAUGUCAGAUUUUAAAGAAAUGGAUACUUGAGGGGACAAAUUGUGUUCAGACAUUAGAUUAUGUUUACAGUGAUAUAUCUUCACAUGGAUGUAAUUUGGUACAACAAAUUCUGGACAAAAAGGAUCCAUUCCAACCUCAAAUGAUGUCUGAUUGGGUCGAAUUUAGGACUCUCCUUGCGUUAUUAAACACGUCAACUUAUGAAAGUCAAUUGAAAUUCGAAAGACUUCGACAGUUUUCCAAGAGAUUACCUUAUGAAAUCCAAUCCCUAGUCAUUCAGUACAUUAACCAAUACCUUGACGAUUUUGGUUCAAUCGUAAUUAAAUUAAGACAAUACAUAUCAAGAGUUGUCAAUGAUUCCCGCGAAUACAGAAACAAGCAUCAUAGCUUCAAAUAUGACAAAGGAUGA